AUGGGCACUGAAAUGAAAAUCAACACAGGUAACGCAGCCAGUGUGCAGAAGGCCGAAGAAACAUUGGGACACAAGACAAAGACAGAGAAGGCGGACACACAUGUUAGGAUUGAAGAACAUGACAGCAAAUGUAAGAUCAAGAUCAGUAUCGGGUUGGAGUUGAGGAUUGUGCUGCUGGGUAAGAGUGGAGCUGGAAAAAGUGCAACAGGAAACACCAUUCUGGGGAAAAGGGUUUUUGAAGAAGAUUCAUUUUUUUACUCUGCCACUUCAGUUUCUCUUAAGGAGGGUGGAUGGGUGUUUGGGAGGCAGAUCACAGUGGUCGACACCCCACGACUGUUUGAUACAUAUAAGACACCAGAUGAGCUGAAAAGUGAGAUAGAGAAGUGUGUCAACAUGUCUGUUCCUGGGCCUCACGUCUUCCUGCUGGUGAUCAGAUUAGACGUGAGUUUAACAGUGGAGGAGAGGAAAGCAGUGAAGUGGAUCCAGGAGAACUUUGGCAAGAGAGCGGCAGAGUUCACUAUGGUUCUGUUUACUCAUGCUGAUCAGCUGAAGGUGAAAUCAUUGGAACACACCUUCAAUAAAGACCUUCGGACCCUGAUAGACAGCUGUGGAGGAGGAUAUCACUCCUUUAAUAAUUUAGAGUGGGAUAACCAGACUCAAGUGGAAGAGCUGCUGGAGAAGAUUGAUGCCAUGGUGGAAAAGAAUGAUGGAGAACACUACACAAACAAGAUGUACCAGGAGGCUCAGAUGUACAUGCUCCAACCUGUUAACAUGGGCACUGAAAUGGAAAUCAACAGGUAA